GCACGAAGACCAAAAAGGGAAAAUUAAAAGAAAGAAUGAACGGACAAGGACAUCCGGUGGGACUGGGCGCUCUGCUCGCAUGAUAGGCUCCGUCGUGAAAAAGAUAAGAACCAGAAAUGUGUCUCUUACGUAGUACUACUUUCUGGAGGGGAAACCGCGAUGCCGUUGCGAUUCCGGUUUUUCCUGGGGGGGCGGAAGAGAUUCGGCUUCGGCUCCUCUUGUGUCUCUGAUGUUGUGUGUGCUUGUUGCUACUAUGCUAUAUGGCGUGUUCUUUCGAGCUUAAGUGCCCCAGCUCUCAUGCAAUGUCUGUCAUGCGACCAUGAGCAAAACCUCGUUCCCACUGUUUCCAUAUGUUCUGUAGACCUAGAUGUAGUGAAUACCAGUAGCUCGUAUGGUUAUAGUAUACUAUACUACAUAUACUAUACUCCGCCUGCCCUGUGCACCAACUUCCCCAUACAACAAAUAUCCCGCCAAUCGAUGUACAUCAACAUCAGCAAAUCAAUAUCCAUAUCGAUAACAACAGCAGCGAUACCCACUCCGCAAUGCAAGAUCAAGAUCGAGAUAAAAGAACUUUUAGACACCGCCAGCCCAUACAGUACAACCAACCAAUGAUACAACCCCAGACAAUAAAGUACUAGCUAGACACGCUAAACCAUCAGCAGCAUAGAACUAAGACAACCUUAGAAACGGCACACAAAACACACAACACAAAAUUAAUGUGCAACAGACGCGCUAAACAGCAGCCGUGUCCUGGUCGCGUGUCGCGUAGAGUCGGAACUGCACGAAGAUGGUCACGUCCUCGACCAUGGUGCCGAGCGAGCCAAUCAGCCAUGGGACAUUGGUCACAAUAUAGUUCCUUUUUGUGGAGUGGCAGAUGAUCUAUAAAAAG